ACCAGGUUUCUGCGACGCGUGCACUCAAGCCUUUUCCAGCCUGCCACCGCCUACUACAACAAGUUACCCUCACUGAGCCUCUCCGCUCAACACCAGAUCAAGUAUAGGGCGUCGGCACCACGACCAAAACAGCAUCUCCACCAUUUUUGCCUUUUUCUCGUGAUACCCUUUCGCAGCACCUCGACCAAAAUGGCCGACAUCACCGAUCAACACGAUCAAACGUCGCCCGGCGACCUCGACGACUCCCACGCCGUCGGCAAUGGCAACUCGGGCGCCGGCGAGCCCCGUGGUGUCAAACGCCAGCGCAACAGCAUCGCCGACGACGAUGACGACGAUGACGAUAAGGCUGGUCGCGAGCGUCGCAAGAUUGAGAUCAAGUUCAUCACGGACAAGUCGCGUCGCCACAUCACCUUCUCGAAGCGCAAAGCUGGAAUCAUGAAGAAGGCUUACGAACUCUCCGUUCUUACCGGCACUCAAGUUCUCCUCUUGGUCGUGUCGGAAACCGGCUUGGUCUACACCUUCACCACGCCUAAGCUCCAGCCUCUUGUCACGAAGGCCGAGGGCAAGAACCUCAUCCAGGCAUGCUUGAACGCGCCCGAGCCCACUCCAGGCAACGAGAAUGGUGUCGACGAUGGUAACCAAGUCGACUCUCCCGAAGAGCAAUCAAACCAACACAUGCCGCCUCAGUCGAACCGACCCGGAAUGGGACAAAACCCGCACAUGCCGCCCAACUACAUGCCGAGUGUGCCCAUGGACCCUCAGCAGGCCCUCGCCUACCAGAAUUACGUUCAACAGCGCGGUGCGCAAUACGCCAUGCCACCCCAGUCGGGCCUCCCCCAACAUACCUCUCACCAAUCCUAAAGGUCAUCACUCUGAUGACACUAUUGUGCCUGCGCCUGCCUGAUACCCGACUUUAAUGCAUUCACGAGGUUCUGAUUUCCACCGAGGCAUGCCGAUCUUGAUACACUCAUAAUAUGCGAGGCACCGGUGGACCGGCGUUGUUUGGUCACCUGGAUUGACUAUUUCUGCUCUUUCUACACGAAUUGAUUCCCCCUACCCCCCACCCAAGUAUUCCCCGGACUCGCUUCUUCGCGACUGCCUUCCAUCACUAUAGUUCAGAUGAGCCUCAUCUCGCAUCUCAACAAAUAAUCAUCGGUCGUCAUCCUCAAUGGGACUGGCGGGCGGGCUCGAGCGUUUCA